AUGCUUGUCGCUCACCGCGUCAAGGAAUGGAUUGAACCUCUUCUCUAUCGCACCUUGGCAUUCAACCCGGAUACUGUCAUUCGUGGAAUGGUCGCGUGCUGGGAUGUCGACCGUUUUCUGCAAACCGCGGCCCACAAACCCCCAGAAUUCUUCGCCAAAGCAGUCCGAAACGUGUUGUUUUCACGUAUCGACGAAUCCAAAAUCAUCGAGGUGCUUACCCUGUGUCCAAAUAUCGAAAAACUGUCACUAUUGUUGGUGGGCGAAUUCGGGGAGCCUCUUGAUUCGCUGGCGGCGGUGUUCAACCCGCUCUCACCUUCGCAAAUAUUCUGUGCUACGCAAGAUCUUGUCCAGAUGACAAGGGAUUUCGAAUACUGUGUUCCUGCCUUUGCCUUCCUCACUCACCUCGAGGUGCUGGGGGGCUAUGAACAGGACGACGACGAGGGACCCGAAGAAGCACAAGAAUUUCUCAUGACCCUCCCCCAAUUGACUCAUUUGUGUUUCUCUGGGGGAAUGAUACUGCAUGAGGAUAUUUGCCGAAAUCUGCUUGAAGCACUUCCCAUCAGAAUCCAGACAUUUGUGUGGUCAGCACAGGAGAGCCACGAUUUGCCCGCUGAGCUUCUGGACGAUGUCCGUUUUGUUGUCAUCUACCCUCCCGACAGCACAGAUGCUGAUUGGCAGCGGGGUUGCCUCAAUGGAAGGAAUUUCUGGACAGCCGCUGAUGAAUGGGUAGCCUUGCGUCGAGCUGGAACUGUCCAGCAUUGCUUUUCAUACCUCCAAAAUGGUGAAGAGAGAGAGGGUGAAGAGGAGGAUGACGACGAAUGA